CGGACGAAAAUGCAUUUAAGCUUGAUAUUGUUACACGAAAACUUUCAUCACAAGAGAACAAAGUCUAGCUCCGAUUCGGUGACAGAACCUCCAUCAUCAUCAUCAACUGAAUUCCACGAUCUCGUUGAAGGAAAGAAAACUCUCACUUUGCCACCGACCAAACAAUGUCCAAUGGUUACGAAUUUGCGAUCUUUAGCCCCUGAAACCAUGUCACUGAGUAUGGAAGACCAAGCUCUGUCGCCAGCUGGCAGCGAUCUGAAGUGCGAUGGGUACGGCAUCUUCCUUGUCAUUUCGUCGCUUUUGUUUGUUUUGUAUCUUACGGUGCACGCCAAGAAGAAUCUCAACGGCGUCUGUCGUCGAGGCUCCUAUGUUGUCGUUUCCUAUUAUGCCCUUCUCUGGCUCGUUACGCUUUUCAACCUCGCAUGGUCUUUUCUUCAGCCAUGGCAGUGCUCUCCUGCAAAGGAGGUUGCAUGGAAUCUCCUGUCAUUAUUUACAGCAUCUGGUAUGUUGUGUCUAGAGAUAAGCUUGAUGGCUUUCUUGCUGAAGGAUAACUACAUGAGUGGCAUGGAAGCUCUAGCACACUCUUUCCAUGCAUCAGGAAUUAUUGUCUUUGUGGAUACCCUUCUUAAGGCUAUAUAUGUUUUUGGAUUCGGGGUCCCAUUGUUCAAUCACAAUGUUGGAAGUACACAUACGAUCCAGUGGAGUUUGUGGAUAAUACAUAAAUUAUUGCUUGCUGCAGCAUAUGGUUUUAUUUUAUUUGCAAGUUUCUCCAAAUGGAAAGAGAAGCUGCCUCCGAGGCCAACUUUCUACAACUAUGUUGCUGUAAUGUUUGUCUUCAGUGUGAUUACCCUGUUUGCUUGUGGACUAGCAGCAAUUGGCGCUGGACUCGGCAAUUGGUUGUAUGAUCUCACUGUGCUUUGUUAUCACUCUUUGUAUCUUCCAUUUCUUUACGUAACUUUUCUUGCAGAUUUUUUCCAGGAGGAAGAUUUCCUUUUGGACAACGCAUAUUACUCCGAGAUGAAAGAUGCCGGAUUCUUUGAUGCUGACUGGGAAUAAUUCCUCAAAAAAUUAUAAAUGGAACCGACAGGCUUUUUUUGUCUGUGCACUGUAAACAUUAGACUUUCUAACUAAAUCAAGUUGAACUCUGCUCCGUCAACAUCUCAAUGAUAUGUUGGAUUUGUAUGACCCAACUUGCCUGUGAAAUGCAGCUAUAGGAAUAGUGCUUUUGAAAUUAAUCAUAUUUCUAUUAACCAAGAAAAUAAGCUCCAAAAUCCACACAGCAUUAAGAUAUCUUUCUGAAGAAUAGGUGGUGCCUCAAGUUGUCAUCAGCAACUGCAUUUUGCAAUCCUAAACUCCAUAUUGAAAGUUCAUAGUUUUGGAAAAUCUUGUUCAUCAUCUCCAUUUUCAAGACCCACAUGAUAGGCAACUAAACAUACAUUGGUCUCUGCAUUUUGUAUUUUGUAACAUGCACCUACCAAUGGACAACACUUUCGAUGCCUGGCCUUGGAUUUUUGAAGUGUUGGUUUGCAUUGAAUGGAUCUGCAGGAGAAUUCUUUUUUUUUUUUUUUUUUUACUUCUAAUAAAUGAAUCUAUCAUAAAGAAUGUAAACAUACUUGCUCUGGUUUUGA